GGUGCAGCCUUUACGUAUCGAGGAACAACAAGGGAGAGGAAGACAGCUGACGAUCUUCAGUCAUAAUUCAAUGGGGGAGGGUCUCGUGUAUAUAAGCGCACGGUGAGGCAUUUGCUGGUCAGCCAUGGAGAAACUGAAGAUGCUGCUUGCUGUUGUCUUAUUUCUGGGGACGGCCUCAGCUGCCUCUCUUGGCGUGGUACAAACGGAAGGUGGCAGUGUUCAAGGAAGAAAUAUCCCCCUUGGUUUUUUCCGCUCUGUGGAAGUUUUCAAAGGAAUUCCCUUCGCUGCCAAGCCUGGAACAUUUGAGAAACCCCAACCUCACCCUGGCUGGGAUGGCGUCCUUAAGGCAACUAAGUUUGCCCAGAGAUGUCUCCAGAUCAGCCUGCUCCAGACUUCAAGUUUUGGUUCUGAAGACUGCCUUUACCUCAACAUCUGGGUUCCUCAUGGCCGACAAGUGUCAUCAGAUCUCCCCGUCAUGAUUUGGAUCUAUGGAGGAGGCUUCUUGGGUGGUGGUUCAAUGGGGGCAAACUUUCUCAACAACUAUCUGUAUAGCGGUCAGGAAAUUGCAGACAAAGGCGGUGUCAUCGUGGUGUCCAUGGGAUACCGUGUGGGAACCCUGGGCUUCCUCAGUACUGGAGACUCUCGCUUACCUGGAAAUUACGGUCUGUGGGACCAGCAUGCUGCCAUCGCAUGGGUGAGCAGGAACAUCCGCUCUUUUGGAGGAGACCCUGGUAGCAUCACCAUCUUUGGAGAGUCAGCAGGUGGAGCUAGUGUCAGCUUCCAGACGCUCUCCCCCCACAACAAAGGGCUGUUCAAGAGAGCCAUCUCCCAGAGCGGUGUUGCCUUCUGCCCCUGGGCUAUGAACAGGAACCCACUCAAGACAGCAGAGGAGGUUGCUGAGAAGGUCGGCUGCCCCAUGGAUGACUCGCUGGUGGCCUGUCUCAAAUAUGUUGAUGCUGCAACUCUCGUCAUGGCUGCCCCCCGCCUCAAACUGAGCUCUCCCGACUCUCCCGGUGUGCUAAACAUGGUUCUGGCUCCUGUUGUUGAUGGAGACUUCCUCCCCGAUCAGCCUGAAAAAUUGUUCCACAACACUGCUGACAUCGAUUACCUCUCAGGGGUUAACAACAUGGAUGGACACCUGUUCACCUCCAUGGACAUUUCCUCCAUUGGGGACAAGAAUCAAGAGACUUCUGUAGAAGAUGUGAAGAAGCUCCUUGGUGCUUAUACAAAAGAGACAGGGCAAGCUGGUUUUGAGGUUGCCUUUACUGAAUAUUCAUCCAACUGGGGAUCAACACCCACCCAGACCACCAUUAAGAAAGCUGGUGUAGACAUUGGGACUGACUUCCUCUUCCUGGUUCCUGCACAGACUGCCAUCUACCUGCAUGCAGCUAACGCCAGGUCUAGCCGUACCUUCUCCUACCUGCUGUCCGAGCCCAGUUUAUUGGCCGGACCGGGCAAACCCUACAAUGACUGGGUGGGGGCCGACCAUAUGGAUGACCUGCAGUACGUGUUUGGAAAACCCUUCACCACACCGAAGGCUUAUGGGGACCGGCAGAGAGACCUGUCUGGCUACAUUAUCGCCUACUGGACUAACUUCGCCAGAACUGGAAACCCUAACAAAGGGAACAUGCAGGUUCCUGUGAACUGGCCUGAGUUCACCAGCACUGGACACCAGUUCCUGGACAUCCAUGCUAAGAUGAAUGAGAGCUCUGUUGGACAGGAAAUGAGGCUACGUUUUGUUCACCUUUGGACCAGCACCCUUCAAAACCUCCAAUCACGUGGUGUCACAGAUGCUCAGUGAUGAAUUUGCAUUCACUGCAUUUCAAAUGUACCAAUUAUACAAUACAUAUAAUGAGUGAUAAAUAAACUAGUCAGGAGCUUAUUAAACGUUUCAACUUGACUGCCUUUUAAACAUACUUUACCAUAAUUUACCAUUUACCAUCAGCCAUCAAUUUGUCAUCCUAUAAAUACUGCCUAAAUAAGGUAUGUAGUUCAAUGCGAUUAAAAAGUCACUUUAGUCUAUACUGUACAUUGUCAAUCACAGACAAGGAACACAACAAAACCAUGAGAGCAGCGAAGGGCUUAAGAUGCUGAUUAAAAACAGGUGAGUAGAUGGUAAAAAAAGGAGGAAAACACAGCAAACUCCAAAAACUCUACAACCUAGUCCACUUGAUUUUUCACAAGAUGUUUGAGCAGACAGUGUGCCACAUGAGAGUGAUUACAAGGCCUUCCCCAAAUCUGACAGGGAGAUUAAUAUCAUAUUUUGUUUAAAUUGUACCCUUUAGUGAUUGUUCCUCAGUCUUCUGUAACAUUGAACACUUAAAGCAAGAGGUAAAAAUUGGAGCAGCUAGGUCCAAUAAAACAUUGAUGACAAACUAGAGAUCUAUUUAUGAACUCUACAAGAUGAUUAUAUCGUUUAAAAACAGUAUAUGAAUGUGCCUUAGAAAUCACAAUAAUAUCCUGUUGUUUUUCUCCUUAGCUGUGCUCACUCCCAUGUGGGGCAGAUGCUCUUCCCCGCAGGAAGAUGAUGAAUUGGAAAUGGGGGACCCUGAUGUAAACAAGACGAAAGUCUUUCUCUGGUCUGCAUCCCCUUAACAAUUGUAUGUUUUGAGCUGUACUGUACCCAAUAUAC